AUGACGACGCUGCAGAAAUUCAAGUUAUUAGCGACGCACUGCGGCGUCACCCAGAGCCCGACGAGAAGUCCAAGGACGAGUCCCCUCGUCAACUUCCGUCGCCCCAAAACCACAUUGCGAAUGUUCCUCACCAGAACCGGUAGUCGGAAAUCAUCAAACGCCAGGGAAAUGCCGUAUCCGCAGAGUUUCACCGGCAUUCCGGCCGAGAAAAAGAAGGGCAGCGGUCACAGUUUGAAGGAUUUAUUUGUAUCAUCUCCGUCGCUAGAAGGAGGAGAUGGCAACGAAUAUGAAACCGUUGAGGAUAAAUUUGGCGGAAAGGGUGAAGUCGUUUUAGCGACGAAAGUCGGUGGUCUUAAUGGACUGGGAGGUGAACCGGGAUCGCCUAGGCCGGGUUGGAUGGGGUUCAGGCAUCGUAUGCUGUUGAGGAAAGCUUGGCGUCCCAUGCUUCAGACAAUCCAUGAGUAG